UCUGAGCUUACUGAGAAGCACUCGAAGUUUAUUAUCGACCUUGUUGAUGAGCAUUCAACUACAACUGUAGCUGGAAUACACGAGUUGUUGAUCAUAGAGUUUCCAAGUCUCUCUGCAAGCUCAUCUGCAGUAUACAGAGAUCUUAGGACCAGCUGUGCACUAUCUAUGAAGAAGUUGGAGAAGAUUUCAGCUGCUAGAAAUUCAGAAGAAACUUUGAAGAAGAGAAAGGAGACCAUCCUUCAAUGGCUAGCUGAUAGAGAAAUGGACUUUGAGAACAAUUGCGUAUUUUUGGAUGAAGCAGGAUUCAAUCUUCACAUGACACACACUCGUGGCUGGUCUAAGAAGGGAGCACCUGCUAAGACAACUAUCCCCUGCUUCAAAAGGCACUACAAUAACCAUCCUGGGUGCCAUCUCAAGUGCCGGCGUUAUUGACAUUUCUUUGAGAAAGCCAAUAAUGGUUUCGGGAGCUAAGAAGAUAAGAGUAGAUGGUAAAGUUGUUACAACAAGAGCCAAAAUUGGAACAAGGGCCGAGCAUUAUCUAAAUUACUUGAGUAAUGUGAUGGAUGUUCUUGACCAAAACAACAUGAGGGGCUUUUACUUGGUAAUGGACAAUGCUCCCAUACAUAAGCCAGCUACAGUAAGAAAUUUGAUAGAAAGCAGAGGCUUUAGGUGUGCAUAUCUUCCACCAUACUCACUAUUCCUAAACCCAAUUGAGCUAUUCUGGUCGAAGGUGAAGUAUGGUGUCAAAAGAAAACCUUUCGAAACUGGUGAGACACUCACACCCAGAAUCAUGGAUGCCUGCUCCAAGGUAAC